UCAAAGUUCAUAACAAACUUUGCACAUCACAGAUGCUGAGUGAGUAGUUUAAGUUCAGGUAGUUAUGUUAAUGUUGGCAUUAUUAAAUCGGGUAUCUUAUGAAACAAAGGUGACCCAAACAGUAAAUUGCAUGAGCAGCUUGUAGGAUCGUAAUUGAUGUUCAAGAAUGGAUUUACUAUGGCAGAUACUAUUAGCUGUCCUGGUUGUCAUGGUUACCUGUUUGGUGGUGGUCAAGGUGUAUGUGGAGUCUAUCAAGGGUCAUUGCACAAGCACUCGUGACCUCACUGGAAAGGUGGCACUAAUAACUGGUGCUAACACAGGCAUUGGGUUUUACACGGCCCUGGACCUAGCAAAGAGGAAUGCAAGAGUGAUCCUGGCAUGUCGAGAUGAGCACAAGGCCGCAGCCACUGUACAGAAGAUCCAGGAAGCUACAGGAAACAUGAAUGUUGAGGCACACCGACUAGAUUUGAGUCUGAUGAGUUCAGUGCGAGAGUUUGCCAAGAGUUUUAAGGGGGAAGAACAGUUGGAUAUUCUGAUCAACAAUGCUGGGGUUGCAGGAAUCCCAUAUAUGAAGACAGUGGAAGGUUUUGACACAUGUUUUGCCACUAAUCACCUCGGUCAUUUCCUUCUUACCAAUCUCCUGUUGGAUCUUCUGAAGAAAUCACAGCCAAGCAGAAUAGUAACAGUGUCAUCCAUGGCUCAUGCCUGGACAAAAGAGUUUGACGUGGAGAACCUGAAUGGAGAAAAGCAGCCUUGGUCGCCAUCCCCAGGGAGUAUCUCCCAGUCUUACUUCCGCUCAAAACUGGCCAAUGUACUCUUCACAAGGGAGCUGGCUAAGAGAUUGGAAGGAACAGGGGUAACAUCCACUUGCCUGCACCCUGGCCCAGUUAAUACCAAACUCCUAUAUGAUGCCUUUCACCCUGCACUUAAGCCUUUGCACUUUAUUAUUGUGGCUCACUUUGUCAAGACAGGGGAGGAGGGGGCCCAGACGUCAAUCCACUGUGCAGUGAGUGAAGAGCUGGAGGGGGUCACGGGGAGGUACUAUGUGGACUGCAGGGAGGCAGAGAGCUCCCUUCUCAGUAAGGACCUGGGGCUGGCCAGACAACUGUGGGAGUACAGCGAGAGGGUCACAGGACUCAAAUGAUGAUGUGGGGUUGAUGGGGCUAGCAAGAGGUCUAAGGGGGACAUCAAGAGAGUGACAUGACUCAAGUUAUAUCAUAGGGCAUUUAAAUUAAUUUUGCCAUGUUCUCGGAAAUACAAAAUGCAUGUGCGUGAAGUGUCAUCCCAUAUUAGUCUUGCAGUCCUCUUUCCACUUGGAAGUUUUAGUAAAGUCGAAACUUUCUAAAAGAAAAUAUAAUUUAGGCUGUACUUGUUGUCUCUUUAUGGACUACACAAGCUUAUCUUAGACAACACCUUGCACUCAAGCAUGAAGCCCAGUUUUCCCAAAACAAGUCUCUUAAAUGGUACAUAUGGACCUUUUUUAUCACCGCCAUAGGCCGAGGGAUAUUGUUUUGGCGUUGUCCGUCCGUCCGCCCGGCACUUUUGUGUCUGGAGCAAUAUCUUGGAAGUGCUUUGGCGGAUUUCAUUUAAACUUGGUAUGAGUAUAUAUAUUGGUAAGAUGAUUAUGCACGCCAAAUGGCAUUGUACACCAUCUCUUAAUAAAGGAGUUAUGGCCCUUGUAUCUUAAAAGAAUGCUUUUUUAGUGUCAAAUAUAACACUUAUGUCCAUAACCAUAUUGGCGGGGGAUAUCAAUUCAAUGAAUUUGCUCGUGUUACAAGUAAACUAGCAUCACAAUUCUGGGUAGUAUUACAGUUUACACAUUAUAAAUGUCAUAAUUUAUUGACAAAUGAUUGAUUACAAGGUCCAGUAAGUUGAAACAUACAUUGUUUUUGUGUAUUUUAAAUUGUAAGCAUUACGAACUAUUGUUUAUAUGUACAUGUACUAUAUUUGAAGACAUUGUGAUGUUUUAUGUAUACAUGCCCAAUAGUUAAUGACAAUUUGAUGUUUAAAUGUACAUGUACUUUAUUUGAAGACAUUUUGAUGUUUUUCAUAUAUAUGCACAAUAGUUAAGGACAAUUUGAUGUUUUAAUUAUAUAUACAUGCAAAAUAGUGAAUGACAAUAUGUUGUUUUAAUAUACAUGCACAAUUGUUUUUGACAAUUUGCUGUUUUAAUAUACAUGUACAAUUGUUAAUGACAAUUUGAUGUUUUUAAUAUACAUGUACAAUAUUUAUGGACACUUCUUUGUUUGUAAUGUAAAUGUAUAAUAGUUAUGGACAAUUCAUUGUUUUUUAUGUACAUGUACCAAAGGUAUUGCCUCUUUUUUGUGUACCAGAGUUUUUGACAAUAUACAUAUACAAUAGUUAUUGACAAUGCGAUGUUUUUACAUGAUGACAAAAAAGUACUCAUGUACUAACUUAAAUAUUAACCCUUUGCAUGCUGGGAAAUUUGUAAUCUGCUAAAAUGUCGUCUGCUGAAUUUCUAAAAUUAGCAUUUUCUUCUUUUGUUUUCAAAGAAUACUAUCAGAAUAGCAAACAGUUUGGAUCCUGAUGAGACGCCACGUUGUGUGGCGUCUCAUCUGGAUCCAAACUGUUUGCAAAGGCCUUCAAAAUUCGGUUCCAGCACUGAAAGAAUUAAAGACUUGAAACACUUUUAGAAGAUUUGAAAUAAUACAGUCAUCUUCUGCAAAUAUGGAGUUGAUUUCAAAAGAUGUGUAAGUCUUCGGUAAUUGUUUUCAAUGCAUAUGAUUUGCUCAAGCAGUUUACUGCCAGUGUUAUGUUGAAUGCAUUUGUAAAUUGUGUUUUUAUGGUGGCUGAUUUCUGCCAUAGCUUUCUGGCUUGUUUGCGGGUUUGAAGGUCCCUAGCACUAAGCAUGGAAGAAAGACAUAUAUACCAUCAAGAAGGACGAAAAUGGUAUGAUGAUGACAGUUACGGCAUUUGUGGCCCUUUUUGUCAUAAUCACAGGUGUAUUUGUUUUGCUGGUGUGUAAUGUGUAUUGUGACAUUCAAAUUCGUGAUCACAAAAUAAAGACAAAUAUACCUGCAAGAUAAACAAGAAGACCAGAGGUUGCUUACCUGAAGUUAACAGCUCUAAGCAACUUUUGUGACGUGUCCAAAAUCAUGUUUAAACUUGACCAAGAUAUCAUGAGAAGAA